UUGCUUUACUAGAAAUACAUCAAGAAGUAUCAAUAUUUCGACAGUGUUGAUGUGUUAGAAAGAGAGGAGACAUAGUUUCCUUUUUCGGUGCAGUAGUAUUUAUUUUGUAAUCAUUUCCAUUAUGUCUUAAAUUUCUCCCUCGUUGCUUACCUACAUAGUUAUAAAUAAUCGCUUCCAGUUUGUACUUGAAUCAUGAAUGAAACUUAUUCAAAGUUUUGAGUGCUUAUGUGAUGCUAUUAAAUUAAAUAGGACAUGUCGGAGAAAGGUAUUCGGAGAUCUAGGAAGUCGAAGUUGGUGCCGCGAGACUGCACGGAGGUCGAAGAUGAAAAUAUACUACAAAUGGAGAUUAUAGCAAAAAAAUUACCGAAACUAUUACCAAAAUUAGAUGAAUCAUCACCACAGAAGUUUCAUUCUGAUGAUCCUCUAGAAACUAUUGUGAGGAGUGAGCCGCGUAGUUUCAGUAUUAAUAUUGAAGUUGAAGAAUUUGAUGAAAAUGAGAUUAUUAUUGAUGCUGUCAGUGAUGAAACUAAUGAUACAAAUGUUCAAAAUGAAAACAACGAUGAUAUUGAUACAAUAAAAAAAGAAAUAAUACUUGAAAAUAAAAUAAAUGAAAAGCUAAAGAAGACGCUCGAAAACAAUGUUUCACUUGACAAAUUACUAGACAAAUCUGUACAUAGCUUGUUGAAAACAAAUAAUAAUAAUGACAAUCAAGAUUUAUCAGAUAUUUCUAUGUACAAAGUAUUCACUUUAUCGCCAAAAGAUAUCGAGAUAUUGUCACGUAAUGACACAUCUGUAAAAAGUAAAAAGUUUAAUACAUAUGCUGUUGUAAGUAAAAGUAACAAAAGUAGUACCAAAUCUCGUACUAAUAAUGUUUCUCAAACACCAAAAUCUUCUACGUCAUCUGUAACUGUAGAUUUAAUUAAUCAACCACCAUCAAUAGAUGAGGAAGGAUUGUUCAGAGAAGCUAUGGCAGUUAAGGAUAAAACAUCGAACCCAGCAGAUCGGAAGCUAGCUGUAGAACUAGUAAAUUCAUGGGGUCGUGUUUUGUAUACGCCUAAUAAAGAGUGUAAACAAGAGACAUUACUGCAAGAUGCUUUAAACAAAUGGAGAAUAUGGAAUUGCCUCUCCAAAUUCAGAGAAGUGCCACUAACAUACAAAUGCUAUGUGUGCAAAGUGGCUUACUGGCGAUUGACCCCGUUUCGAGAGCAUAUAAUUAAGCACAAGAACAUAAAGUUAGGUUUUGAGAGUAUCUUCCAGGAAUGUCACAUAAAGGCUUACUAUGUAGAGAGUCAUACGAUCAAGAAUUUCCCCAUUGACUCUAACUGCUGGAGGUGCAACAAAAGUUUUGAAGAACACCCUACAUUGGGAGACACCUACAAAGAGUACAAUUGUCGCUUUUGUCAAGAACGCUACUACACAUGUACGACGUUGACCAUACACGAGGGUCUCUGCGAAUAUCUGAAUAAGAAAAACGAUGAGGACAUAUCCAAUAUUGAACUGUAUAAAUGUACAAUAUGCUCGAUGGUCCUCUGUAAUGAAACAUAUUUGUACAACCACUCGACAUUGUUCCAUGGGGUAUGGUCUGAUCUACCUAUAUCUUCGGCUACAAAAACCUGUACACUUUGCAAUGAGAGAUAUGUGACAUAUCUUAUGCAUGUAUGCCCAAAUAAACACUCGUGCAUUUCCUGUCCGCAUUGCUGCAGACGUUUCUCAUCCAAGUUGGUGUUGAAUGUGCACCUCGAAAUGACAGAGAGUGAUUAUCAUUGUUCUAUAUGUAACCUGCGAUUGGAUAAAAAGUGUAUGGAGCCAUUGCAUUUAAUAGAACACAGCGAGGAAUUCAUGAUGGUGUACAGAUGCAUCAUGUGUGCAGAAAACAAGGUUUUCCUCGACACAGCCGAUUUGAAAGAACACAAGCUGACACAUCAUAAACAAAAGUUUGACUCCAGGAGAAUCUACUAUGAUAUUAUGUUGGUCCCAAAAAAAGGAAUACAAAAAAUAUUUAAAGAAACAAGUGAAACCAAACAGGGUGCUGAGGUCGAGAAUUUAAAAAAAGAAAUUAAAUAUUCAAGCAGCGAUAACAAUACACAAGCACUAAAUAAAGAAUUGGAAGCUGUACUCAAAGUGGAUUGUAAAAGUAUUAAAAAAUAUGUCCAUAAAGUAUAUACAAAAGUAUCAGAAUACAAUGAUGUCGUAAACACAAAUGAUAUAGACACAAAUAAUGAUAAUAAAUUAAAAAAUAAAACUCUAGAAUUGAAUGAUUCUAGAAUUGAAAAUUUUGCCAAAGUGAAGAUCAAGGAAGAAGCUGUUGACACUGAGGAGAAUACAUGUUUAGAAUCAGAUGAUUAUCUCACGAAUGUAUUUAAAGUGUCCGACGAGAUCAAAAUGGGUGGAAGCAUUAAAAUAGAAGUGAAACAAGAACCAGAAGAUGAAGAGAUUUAUACAGAUGAUAUAAUCAUUUUAAACAACAGUGACAUUGCAGAAGACAAAGGUACAGUGCAAGAAUUAGACGCAAUUGGGACUAAGAAAAAUCUGUACAAAUGCAAGCAUUGUUCUUACCAAGCGUCAUACGAUACGUACAAGGAACAUAUAAGUAAAUGUACAAAGAAUUCGAAACGGUCCAAAGUGUAUAACUGCAGCAAAUGCACCAAGAGUUUUGUAUCGUUGAAAAGAUAUGUAAUGCAUUUGUGCGAGGAGCAUAAUGUUGGUGAAUUGACUUGUGCUGUGUGUAAUCAUCGGGCGAAUAAUUACACUAUGCUGAUGACACAUUUUAGUUAUCACAUUAGGCGGUUGAUGGUCAAAGUGAAAACCUUAAAUCAAGAUAAGUAUUGUACGGCCAACAGUGAUUUUCAGUGUAAGAAGUGUAAGGACAUAGUUACAGCGGACAACCUGUUCGUGCAUUGGGAGUCACACUUCAAGAUACGUGCGCCGGACAAGGUGCAGGCGAGCGACAACGCGGAGUCUUCGACGUCGUCCGGAGAGCCGGCUCAAUUUUUAAACGGCUCGUUGGAUGCUGCGACGCGGGAGAAUCUUUUAACAGUUUUACAAAUGGAAGUGCCCAACGCUUCUAACCGGAUCAAGAUAAAGACGUGCCCGUACUGCGAGCGCACUUUCGAGCGGUACUACGACUCGAAGCGGCACAUCAUCGAGCAUCUGCUGUUGGACGCGUACGCGGGAAUCAUUGAUAACAAGGGGCUCAAGUGCCAGAUAUGUUCGGACACGUUCGAUAAGCGUGAUUUAUAUAAACAGCACAUGAGGGACCACGCAUCCAUGCCGGUUUACCUGUGCGAGCUGUGCAACAAGGCCUUCAGUGACUCGAGCAACUUUAGCAAGCACAAGAAGGUCCACAACUUGUCCGUCUACAAAUGCGACAUUUGCGACAAGAAGUUUCAGAUGAAGAUCUCCCUGUCCAAGCAUAUAAGCGAUACCCACAAAGAUACCAAGCCGAAUAUAUGUCAGUUUUGCAACAAAGUGUUCCACACCGACUCGAGCCUGAGAAAACAUAUAAGGCAACACGACAAAACACUGCUUAGAUACCGCUGUCUGGCCUGCAACGAGAAGUUCAGCUCGCUGAAGGACAAGUGGGACCACAUGUGGCAAGCGCACAAGCAGAGGACUCAAGCCGCCGACUGUCCCAUCUGUGCCGAAGCUUUCAGAAAAUAUAUAGAUGUCAAGAAACAUAUAAGAGAGAAACACGGUCUGGACCCGUCCUAUGUGAAGGUGCUGAACAGGUUCCCCUCGGCCAAAGUGGAAGGGUCACAGCCUUUGAGGGAGAAGAUUAGAAUGACGAAGGAACGUAUAUCGCUGUUAAGAUACAAUAAUACGGUUUCGAAGUGAAAUCAGAAUGCUGGGUUUGUUUUAAAUGAUGAUACCUUAUGUAUGACUGCGCAUGCGUGGAGGGGGGGGGGGGUUGGUUAGUAAUGGGGUACAGUGGUAAUAGAGUUGUCUGGAAGAGAUUGCUUAGCUGUAAGUUCGCCUUUUGUAUCACUUCUCAUUUAUAUAUAUUUUUUAUAUUUAUUUUACUUGAUGCAAUAAUGUGUAAAAUAAAUAUAACGGGCCCAUUCCUAGCUAUAUACCCUGUCAGGUCGACCUCCACGUGGUCUUCCCUGGGAACCAUCGUGCUGAAACCCAGGUGUAUUCAUCACGAUGGGUUUUUUUUUAAUGAGUGAAAAUUGAGUGAUAACUCUGCCUGCGCUAUCGUUAGUGUUACCAUGGGCGGGGUUUUUUUUAUGGGUGAUAAUGGAAUGGUAACCCCACCCGCGCUAACGAUAUACACCGGCGGGGCACCAGUGAAGGAUGAUAGGUGAGGAUGGAGCAGGUCAGUUAGCACAUCGUGACGAAUUCAACAAGAAUAGUUCACUAUGGUUUUCAGGGGGAACCACGUGGAGGUCGACUUAAUAGGGCAUAUUAGUAGCAAUGGGGAUGUCAAACUCCAUUGUUAACAAUCCCUUUCACCCCGCGUGGGCGGGGUUACAAUACCCCAAGUGAGGGGGAAAGGGAUUGUUAGUAAUGGAGACUGAGAAUCCCAUUGCUAGCAAUAUACCCACAAACCAGGUCGACCUCCUCGCGGUUCUCCCUGGAAACUAUCAUGCUUAAUUCCUGAUGAAUUCAUCAUGAUGGGCUAACUGGCCUGUUUUCAUUCUCAUCUAUCACCCUUCACUGGUGGCUCCGCCAGCGUAUCCCGUUAGCGCAGGCGGGGUUACCAUAACAUUUUCACCCAUCAAAAAACCCCAAGUGAGGGAUAUAUAUUUUUAAUGGAUGAUAAUUGAAUGAUAACACCGCCUACGCUAACGGAUGAAAAGGCAGGUCAGUAAACCCAUCGUGAUGAAUACACCUAGGUUUUAGCACGAUACUAUCCUGGUGGGAUCACGUGGAGGUCGAUCUGACAGGGUAUAUAGCUAGGAAUCCAGGGCCAAUUCUAUUUAUUUUACACUUUAUUGCACCAAGUAAAAAGAAAUAGGGUCCCUUAGUCUCCAUUGCUAAUAAUUCCUCCCCCCUCAAUGGGGGGGUAUUUAGGUAAGGACGAAAGAUCGGUUGAAGUUUUGUGAUGGGUUUAACCAGAAACCACGAUGGUUUCCAGGUGGAACUGUAUGUAUGUCCUGAUAGGGUGUAUUUCUAAUAAUGGGACCUCAAGUCCUCAUUAUAAACGAUCAUUUGAAACGUGGCCACCUUCCACCAGGUGGACUAUCAGCUUUUACCAUUCCAAGGUAAAAAUUAAAAGAAAUAUAUGCUUAACACCAUUGAAUGAAAAUGGAUUUUUUGUAAAAUUGUAUGUAUGUAUGUAUGUGUUUUGUAUUAUUAAUUGACUAUUUUUUUUUCCUGUUAUCUUUAAAUUUCUAAGCGUUAUUCUGUAAGGUGAUAAUAGUGUCUUCUUUUUUACUUGAACAAUGAAAUUGGUUGAGUUAGAAAUAGUAUGGGACGAAUACAGAAUUUGAUAUGCUCUGUAUAUAUUAACACGAUGCUAGUGAAAGUUGAUAUUUUAGUAGAUUUGACGUUAAAAAAAAACUGUAUUUUGUAAGAUUUUUGAAGUAAAAGUCAUAAUUAAUAAUUGAAGACAUGAAUCGAUCGUAUAUUAUCAUAGUUUUUCUAUGAAUGGAUGGAGGUAUUUGGAUGUUUUUUUUUGUAUGGAUGAUAAUGGAAUGGUAACCCCGCCUGUGCUAACGGUAUACACUGGUAGGGCACCAGUGAAGGAUGAUAGGUGAGGAUGAAAAGGCAGGUCAGUUAGCCCAUCGUGGCGAAUAUACUUGGAAUUCAGCACGAUGGUUUCCAGGGGGAACCGCGUGGAGGUCGACCUGACAGGGUAUAUUGCUAGCAAUGGGACUAGUAGGCAACAUUACUAACAAUCCCUUCCCCCCACAGGGUAUAUUUCUAGCAAUGAGGAGUAACGUCCCCAAUACUAACAAUCCCCCCCCGCCCUUCUCGUAACGCAGUAUUACCGAUGUCUAAGAUCCAUGCAUAAUAUAGCGAGAGUCUGAGAAUUCGACGUAUUUUUUUUUAUGGGUGAAAAUGGAACGGUAACCCCACCCGCGCUAUCGGUGUACACCGGCGGGGCACCAGUGAAGGAUGAUAGAUGAGGAUGAAGCAGGUCAGUUAGCCCAUCGUGACGAAUUCAACGAGAAUUGUUCACGAUGGUUUCCAGGGGGAACCACGUAGAGGUUCGCAAAGGGACGAAAUAACAUGAUAAUAAUAAUAAAACGAAAUAAGACGACAUAUAAUCAUAGCUAUAAUAUCGUCACCUCUAUGGUAAACUUACGAAACUGAAAAAGGUACAUGUUACAGGGGAACGUUUUGAAACAUUAGAAUGCAAAUAACUUUUGACAGAAGACUACUGUAAACGAUCAUGCUAACAUUUUUAAAAUCCGGUUUUUUAUUGAAUGUGCUUAAUUAAUUAUUAUUAUAUUACAAGUAUCAGAAAUAAAUGCAUAUUCGUUACUUUGCACCUUCAUACAUGAGAGUUCCCAGGUAUUGAGUUAUACAACAGCAAAUCUACGAAAGUGGCAGUUUCGUAAGUUGCCAAAGAAAAUCAUUUAUUUUAAUAUCUGGCAAACUAACGAAAGUGCCACUUUCGUAAAUAUACCAAGGUAUAAAUCACGUGUUUUGGAGAGAACCUCAGUUUAAAUAACAACGUUAUAGCAAUCAUUCAUGUAAAAUAACUAAAUUAGGAUUGAAAAAUUUAUAAAAUAAUUAUUGAAAUUUUCAAAUUAAAGUGUUUAUUAUAGAAAAUACUAUAAAAAUAUGCUAAAUAAGUUUACUUUGGGUAUAUCACAAAAAUAUGGAGAUUCGAGCUACUCGAUUUCUCUAACCGUUAGAGAUAGAAAUUUGAAAAUGAGCCACAAUAAGUAGUAUGACGCAGAAUGUAUAUUUUUAAAGAAAUGUCAAAUUUGAAAAAACUGCAGAUUCGUAAAUUUGCCAUAGAGGUGACGAUAUAAUCAUUAUGGGGGGGGGGGGGUGAUCUGUCUUCACCUUAUAAUUGUUUAGUGCCUAAUCCAGGAUGCGAGCGGCGCUUUCAGCUAUACGCAUACAUGUUUGAGAAUACAUAAUGGGGACAACUCUGAGACAUAUAUAACCCUUUUAGUGCCGUUGAUUUUUACUCAUAACUACUUAAAAAUACCAAAGAAAUCUUUGUCGUGAUGACGUUAUUUAGCCUUGCCUCUAAAAGAAACUGUAUCUCCUCCAAAAAUCCUCCAAUAUUAAUAUUUUUUUUUACGGCAAUCUAAACAGCGACUGAUUUCACGAGCGGUAUAACGCUCGUGGCACUUUUAGUUGCAAAGCGCACGAGCGAGAUGGCGCUCGUCGGCACUCAAAGGGUUAAUAAAAAUAAAUUACAUUCAUAAUCACCAUGUCAGCCUUUAACUGUCCACUGCUGAACAUAAGCCUCCCCCUUGGGGGGUUUUGCCAGUAGUUGCCACGCCUGGCAGGUGGAUUGGUAGCUGCAGUUAGGUUUUGGAGAUGUUUUAAAGAGGGAUGCUGCUGUCCAUCCCUUGUCCUCUCUUACGACACCUAUGGGAAAAGAAGGAAUGGCCUAUUCUAUGCCGGUAUCACACGCCAAUAAUACUAUACCUAAUUUUAACCAUGUUUCAAUAUACAUUUGACAAUUUUGUAAACAAACUGGUCUCUUAUAUUGUUUAUUUAAUCAAAUUCAAUUUUACAUAAUAAUUUGUAAUAUAGUUUUUUUUUUAUUAAUUAUGUAACUUUAUGAUAUUAUUUGUUUAUUUUUUUUUGUGUUUAGUUUCAUUGCUUUUUUUUAAUAUAAUAGAGUGUAAAAAACCGUGUACGUAUGACAGAGCGAGACAGCAACGUGCGGUGUCUUGUUCUAUCUCAUGCGUGCGCUUACGGAAACGUGUCUAUCGAUAGUUUCCAUAGAUUUGACGAUCUCCAUAGUAUAGUUAGUUGAAGCACGUAGCUUUGCGUAAUUAGGGUUCCUGGUUUGAUGACCCAAAAAGGACCAAUAUAGGGAUUGAACUUUUGUAAUUUAGUUGGGGUAUCAGUGUUCUGGUACCUAUGUCUUUGGGAGGCCUACGUCCAGCAGUGGACAGGUAACGGCUGGUAUGGUAUGGCACAGUGUUCGCCUGUAUCCUCACAACAUAUUGUAUUCUAACUCGAGGAGCAGGCGAUUGGUGCAUUGUUUUGCACUUAUUUACUUCCUAUUUGGCUAAGAAGGCAGAUUUGUCAAAUCUGUACUGAGGCCAUAGUUAAGGCAGGCCUCCUGGCCUCGCUAAGGCUCUAAGUAUGUUUUUGUUAUUUAUGUACGAUAUAAAAUAAGCAUGACAUUGUAUUUGAAAUGUUAAAUGAAAUUAAUUUUGGUAAAAUAUACUAUUUACUUUUGAUACA